AUGAAUUUAUUUGAUAUUUAUCCUGAAUUGGAUUAGGAAAUAGGACAUGAUAAACUAUAUUAUAAAAGAGUCUAAAUUAAAAAUAGUGGAAAUAAUUCUAAAUUAUUUGGUUUUGAUAAAUGCUAUAAAAAAAGUAAUAAAAAAAAUACUAAAAUUAUAUAUAGGAUGGAGAAGUUUAUUCAAGAAUUUUACAAUACCAUAUCAAUAAAUUCAUCAUUAUGGCAAUAAAGAAUUAAAUUAAAGUUGUGAUUGUAAUGAAUGUGGUGGAAAAGUUAAAAAGAAAAUUUUGAUUUGCAAAAAAGAAUUAAGAGACUAUUAAUUCUCACCUCUUAAUUAAAGAUCUCUAGCAUCACCAAAGUUAUCUAUUUAACCCUAAACAGUUAGACUGCUCAAAAAAGAUAAAAGUUUAAUUGGCUCAUCACCUCAUUUUAGUAUUUUUUUAAUUAAUUUUUAUGCGAUAAAUAUUAGAAAUAAAUUGCCUAGAGAAGUGCUAAAGAAUCUUAGAUUCCAGUUAUCUAAUUAAUUAAGGCAUAAAAUUUAAUGAAAAAAAUCAGUAGAACCAAUAAGUUUGAUCUUAAAAUUAAAAUGAAUUAACAAACUGAAUCUUAAUUAAGUAAAUAAUAGAAAAAUAUAAAUGAAAAUGAAAAAAUUUUAGGAAAGUCUAAUGAAAAUCUAAUUUAAAAGUUUAAAGAAAUUGAUAUCAUUAAAUAAAGAGAUUUAUUAAAGAAUAAAUCCUUUAAACAAUCUUCUAAUUGUCUUCAUUAGAGAAUAAAAACAGAUGUCUCUACUUACUAUUUUCCUAAUUAAUCAAAAAACCAAAUUUAUAUUCCAAAUCUUAACAAUCUUGAAAACUUAAAAAAAAAUAGUCUUAGCAUUUUUGAAUCUAAAACAUCUAGAGUAUUAAUAAGAAGCGAAAAAUUUAAUCUUAAAUAAUCAUUAACAUAAAGAUUAUUGUCUACUUACUUAAAAAAAAGCAUUGGCAAUAAUAAUAGCAACAGCAAAUCAGUAUAUAAUAAAAAAUAGUGA